UCACGGAAGUCCGUACAUGUGAUGACGCUGGAGCCUUUUGGCUCGUCCAUACCUCCUUGAUUUUACCAUUAUCAUUUGAAACUCUGAAGCACAUUUUAAGUAUUUGGAGAUGCAGGACCCUAACAAAGACACACAAUGGAACGAUAUCUUGAGGGCAAAGGGCAUCCUCCCUCCCAAGGAGGAGGCGGAGGUCACCGAAGAUGACAUCGUGGGCCUGAUGGAGCAGACACUUCAGGAGAAGACACAGGGAAAAGCCAUGGAAGACAUGUCUCUAGAGGAGUUGGAUGAACUUGAAGAUGAUGAAGACGAGCAAGUCCUCUUAAAAUACAGACAACAAAGGAUAGCUGAAAUCAAGAAAUUACAGAGGAAGGAGCGAUACGGGGAAGUUAAAGAGAUUUCUGCCCAGGAUUACGUACAGGAAGUCAACAAUGCUGGGGAAGGGGUAUGGGUGGUUCUUCAUCUGUACAAGCAGGGCAUUCCUCUCUGCUCACUCAUCAAUCAGUACCUGGUACAGCUUGCGGCCAAGUUCCCCGCCGCCAAGUUCCUCAAGAGCAUCUCUACUACCUGUAUCCCUAACUAUCCUGACAAGAACCUGCCCACCAUGUUUGUGUACUUUGAGGGCGACUUGAAAUCGCAGAUUGUCGGACCACUCGAAUUUGGUGGCAUGAAUUUGACAUUAGAAGAGUUGGAGUGGAAGCUGUCUGAAAUGGGUGCCGUUGCAACUACGUUAGGGGAGAAGCCCGAACCGAAGACAAGGACGACGGUCAGCUUUGCCGGCGGACGCGAUCAUGGUGACGAUUCGGAUGAUGAUGAUUACUAGAUUAAUCAGUGUAAUGAGAUAUCAACUGGAGUCCCGGGUGUGGGUAAUCCCAGUCUGGAAACAAAGGCAAAUCAACUAGAACCACCAAGGAUUUUUUGAUGCCUCGCUCUGUGUGGAAGUCUCAAGUUUCUUCCCCAGAAAUCCUUCACAGAAAUGUCAGACCUCCUCAGCAUUCUUCUUUCCUUGCUCUUUUUAACCCCUGUUUAAUAUGACAUCAGCUCAACUUUCUGUUAUCUUUGUUGAAAGAAGCUCUGGUACUGUGAUAAAUAAUUAUGUGCAUCUUAUAAUUUUUAGUCACUGUCAAAGGAUAUCACUUUUGAUAAAAAACAAUUGAAGAAUUAUGAGUGAAAAUCACUCAUGUGCUAGUUUGGGGGAAUGGUUUUGGAAUUAGCAGGGUUUUCGUCUGUUGUCUUUUGACAAAUUUUGUGUAUCGUUUUUUACACACACUUAAAGAAGAAGCUAUUAUUCUGUUGCAGCAACAUACAUUAAUUGCUUAAUAUGUCUCUGGAACUAUGACCAAGCCCAUUUGGUUUCUUCUCUAAAAACUGAGCACCUGCCUAUUCCCUGCCCCCCAUAAAUUUGAAGCUAGUGGUGCUACUGGCUGGGGUCCCCCUCCCCCCAUUGAGACCAGUGUUGCUCUUGUAAGCCCCUCCCCCUCCUCACAUUUUGGAGAUAAACAAAAAGGUUUGUAUUGUUUAAAACUUUGGCCCAACUUGUCCAGGGCCCCUUUAGAAAAAUGAACACAUAGUUCCCACGUACCCUUAUGCAAAUUAAAUGGGCUAAAGCCGCUGCUUAAUACCACUUCCAAACUAAUGCUCAGUGAUUGGUUUAAAUUUUUGUGGAGUUCAUGUAGUGAUCAGAAACAUUAACUUCCAAUAAAACAACUUUUUCUCUGUUUUUCAA